UAAACAUACCACAUGGUUGUAUAGAAGAAGAAGAAGAAGAGAGAAUCACUAUUUCUUAUACUUUAUUUUCCCUUUAAGUACCUUUAUUUAGCUAAAUUGGGUUCCCAGCAAAGCCUCGAGCAAAGUCCAUUUUUUAAUAUAUUUCUCUUGCUCUUUAUUUUGAACAAUUCUCCUAGGGGAGUCCUAUUUGUCACCUUUGAACUGCUGCUUCCCAUGUUUCCUCUCAGAUGUGGGGCUCACUUUGGCUCAGUCAGGUACAAAAGGAAAAAAAACUUCUGGGUUUUGGGACAAAAAGCAUCCAGGAGGACUUUGUUUCCCUGAUGAAGUACCCUCAUAUCUUUCCCUGAGAAUUACCUAUCAUGGUUUUCAGACUCCUAGUGAGUCUGAGAGGACCUGCCACUUUUUUUAAAAAAAGCAGUGAGUACUGUUACCUCCUUUCCAACUACUGGUUUUCAGACUCCUCGUGAGUCCAGGAGGACCUGCCACCUCUUUUUUUUUUUUUUUAAAAGGUGAGUACGAGCACCUCCUUUCCUGCCACCGUUUUCAGACCCCUUGCGGAUCUGGAAGGACCUGCUGCCCCCUACACAAGACCCACAAUGUGGCUGGUUUGGGUGGUGAUAUGCUUAAUCCAACAAGAAGUGACCUCAGAAAAAUCUAUAAAUGGAAGACAUUUGAAUCCUGAACAUUGGAUGAACAUAAGUGAAAUCAUUCAGUAUUGGGGAUACCCUAGUGAAGAGUAUGAAAUCCUGACAAGUGACGGCUAUUAUCUCAAAGCAAACAGAAUUCCUAAUGGAAUACACAGUCCUGAAAAGACAGGGCCUAAACCAGCUGUGUUACUGGUAUCUGGUUUUGUGACUGAAGGAAGAAGUUGGCUCAUCAAUCUUCCCAGAAAUAGCCUGGGAUUUGUUUUAGCAGAUGCUGGCUAUGAUGUUUGGAUAAUAAAUAACAGAGGAACUACCUGGUCUAGAAGACAUCAGAAUUUAACAAUUGACCAAGAAGAAUUCUGGAAUUUUAGUUUUCAUGAAAUGGCAAUUUAUGAUAUUCCUGCAACUAUAAACUUUAUACUACAUAAGACAAAGCAGGAUAGUUUAUAUUACAUUGGUCAUUCUCAAGGAGCUUCAUUGGGUCUUAUUACUUUUUCAGCCUUUCCACAGCUUGCUCUGAAAACGAAACUUUUAGUAUGCCUUGCACCUCCCUACACAAUGAAGGACCUCAAGGGACCAGCAAAAUAUAUUUUACAACUUCCCUACAAAGUUAAAAGGUAUUUAUGGGGCAAUAAAGACUUUCGUCUUCUAAGCAACAGAGCAAAAAACAUCAAUGCCCAUCUAUGCAGCUACCCAGAAAUAAACAAGAUUUGCAUCCAAAUAAUUUUCUCUGUUGUGGGUUUUAAUCAAAACAAUAUAAAUGUGAGUCGAGCCGAUCUUUUUUUGGGAAGUUACCCUGAUUUUGCUUCUGUGAAAACUGUAUUUCAUUGGACCCAGAUUUUUGAAUCAAAUGAAUUUAAACAUUUCGACUUUGGAAACCAGAACAAAGCUAUAUACAACAUGACCAAGCCCCCUUUUUAUAAAUUAGAAGAUAUAACUGUGCCAACAGCUGUUUGGAGUGGUGGGAAUGACUUCAUUGUGACUCCAGAGAACAUAAAUCACCUGCUCCAGCGACUUACUAACUUAAUUUUCCAUAAGUAUAUUCCUAGCUGGCACCAUGCUGAUUUUAUCUGGGGCCUUGAUGCCCCAAAAUACUUGCAUGAGGAUAUUUUUCAUCUAAUGCAGAAUUACAAAUAAAUAUAGGUGGAAGUUUUCUCUGGCAAUAGAGGAUAACAGCAUUUUGAAUUUGAUGUAGAAAAUAAACAGUACAUAUUUUCCACAUUAGUUUUGAAAUGUUACCAUCCUCUUUUGUCAGAAAAUGUCCCUUUGCUCUUAUACCUCCCUUAUUUACACUCUGUAUGUCAAAGCUGCUAACAUUGGAUGUUCUUGCUUUGACAACAGAUGGAAAUGUAGCCAUCUUUUUUCUUUCGCUUUUAGAGUUAGUUGAUGCUGGGAGGGAGGAUGUGGAUGAGAGUCUACUUAGUCAUAACAAUAAUAACUCAGCCAUGGGAAUCAAGAUUAUUGCAUCCAGAUUUGAUAAAAAUUUGGCAGGCUGGAGAGCUUGGGAGAAAGCCCACACUUCAAGCUAAUUGGGGAAUGUGAUUUAUUGCUGUUUAUUGGAGGAGGGAAUUGUGCUUUGUACUUUGUGCCCAGGG